AUGGGAAAAAGUUGUCGACGUGCUCUCCGACUCCUUCACCAAUGCAAGUAUCUCAUAAUUGGGUUUUCUACUGUUUUGAUCCUCGUGUAUAUGAGUGAUGUUCAGACAAGAUUGUACAAUGAGUAUGCAUUUGAUUAUAUGAUUGUUUACUCGGCCGAUUGGCUCUUGUCGACUAUAAAGAUACAUGAUCCGAACAUAAUGAAAAAGUUCCAAGUGGAUCGUGGUGCGAUAAAAUUCGUCCUUGCUGGUGCAAACAUAAUGUGUCCUGGUCUUGCGUCCCCUGGUGGUGAUUUGGAUGACAUUACUGUGCUGGUUGUGUGCAUGGCUGGGAACAACAUGCAUUACCUCAACGAUGGUCUAUGGAAGGUAUUCGUACUCGAACCAUUAGGUGUUUCGGAUUGUUGCAUAAAGCAUUCUUAA